AUGAUGCUGGCCUGGCUUCCGGAAGAGAGGAAGACGGCCCGUGAACUGAUGAGCACCCGUUCGUCCAGAGAACGAAGAAACCCAGCAACUGAUGGAGUAGCACAGUAUACGGCGAGAUAUAGCCAAAAGAUCAAUGAGUAUAGCAAGAUCAAUGAGUAUAGCAAGAUCAAUGAGUAUAGCAAGAUCAAUGAGUAUAGCAAGAUCAAUGAGUAUAGCAAGAUCAAUGAGUAUAGCAAGAUCAAUGAGUAUAGCAAGAUCUAUUGA